GUUGAGUUGGAUUAUCAUUUUGUUUGAUGGGGGGUGUUCGCCAGGAAGAGUAGUUUGGACAGGAUGAAAGUUUUGACGAUGUUAAUUCUUGUUUAUAAUUAGUAUAAACCUACUUUAAUACUCCAGCAAGUAACGACUGUCACAUUUUAUUCUGAAAAACUCUUACAGCGCAAAGCGGAAGUCUUUUAGUUAGCCUAAUACAGGAACGCGACACGAGCUCUUUUCUGAUUGGCCGAUCAUACUCACGUUCAAUCUAACCAAUGGACGAGCAGCUGCGUCGCCAUAUAAAGCCGAUGUUCUCCUUCUGAGUUUUACUUUUUGUUUAGACUCUUUAAGAAUAAACAUAGAAAAUGUCUGGUCGGGGCAAGGGAGCGGGUAAGGCCAGAGCUAAGGCUAAGAGCCGCUCAUCUCGUGCCGGGCUUCAGUUCCCCGUCGGCCGUGUUCACAGGCUGCUGAGGAAGGGUAACUACGCCCAGCGAGUCGGUGCCGGAGCUCCGGUGUAUCUGGCGGCGGUGCUGGAGUACCUGACCGCUGAGAUCCUGGAGCUGGCCGGCAACGCCGCCCGCGACAACAAGAAGACCAGGAUCAUCCCCCGACACCUGCAGCUCGCCGUCCGCAACGACGAGGAGCUCAACAAGCUGCUGGGCGGAGUCACCAUCGCUCAGGGCGGCGUGCUGCCCAACAUCCAGGCGGUGCUGCUGCCCAAGAAGACCGAGAAGCCCGCCAAGAAGUAAAGCCCCGGCCCGCUUUCACAAACACAACGGCUCUUUUAAGAGCCACGCACCAAACUACAGAGCCACUUCCUCUAAUAGCUUGUUGCACAGAGCUCAAGUGGUCUGGACCAUAUUGAAAGUGCUCUGUAUUUUGAUAUAAAUUACAAAAACAAGAGUCUUACCACUUUGUAUUAUGGUUAAUACUCAUGUAUAAAUUGCAUUGUAUUGUGUUUUUGUAAACUUCUUUUUAUAAUUAAAAGAAAACAUCUCCACUGUCACCUCUAAAGGCUUCAAGCUUAUCUUGUAUGUAGGGAACAAUAUGCUGAAGUCUGUAAAGUGACUGUAGUGCCGACAUUAAGUGAAACUGCCACUCAGUGAAUCUUGUAACAAGUUACAAACAUGGUUACACCACUAAAAUGACAUGAUGUGAAUUCAACACAGGGAAUAAAUCAGAGGUUCUACUUCAGUAAGAAUACAAUAUUCUAAAUACUAAUUUUGAUGACUAAAUGUAUUAAAAAGACAAAGUUCUGUUAUCCAAUACUUACAAUUAACAGACUUUUAUACUACUGUUUCUACGUUGUUUUGUUGUAUGGAGCUCAGUCAGAUCCUCUAGACUAGUUCAGUGUUUCUAAAAUAAAAGCAAUGAGCCACACGCUGCUAACUAAAGAGCGAGGUCCUUUAUUCACCGACUUUGUCAUUAAGUUAGUGUAAUGUGAUUAAUUAACAGACCUCUAGUAAACCUCAGGCUACGUGGCUUAUGUGGAUAUGAAAACUUGGGCUGUGUUAUUAGGAUUGAUAGCUUGUGCUGCGUACACCCUGUAUGUAAGAUGUUUGUCUCUGUACAGGUCUAACUCGUUCAACAUCUCCGGCCAGCAGCUGUUCUGCACCAUAGACUGCAACUAACUCAGUUAGAUAAGAGAGAGUGGGGGAAAGUACUGUGGAUAUGAUAAUCCCAUGGUGACAUACAGA